AUGGAUUACUCGUAUUUGAAUCAAGCUGCGGCUGCCGCGGCCGCCGGUUUCGAAGCGUCAAGUUGCGCGUUAGCCGCGAGCGAGAUGCAAUGCGGUUAUGGGGAUUUGAGCUCGUGUUCGCAAAUGAGCCAAGCGGCGUAUCGGUACACGGCAGCAAGGGCCGCCGGAUACUCGACGAAUGCCGGUUCGGCCAGCGGAGGGGGAAGUGCGGGUCCACUCGGGGCCCAUCAUGCCUCACAUCCUCAUGCUCAUCCACAUCAUGGGGCCCAUGCGACUCCGUGCUCCGUAAUGGCUGCUAGAUCGCAGGAUGUUCAUCGACACGCUGCCUCCAUCUUUCCUUCCGCUAUCAAUCUCCAAGGAGGAUUAGGAUACAAACCGUAUACGGGACACGACGGUCUAGCGGAAAAACGGAAACAACGGCGCAUACGGACGACGUUUACGUCAGCUCAACUUAAAGAAUUGGAGCGUGCCUUUCAAGAAACUCACUAUCCGGAUAUUUACACCAGAGAAGAGAUAGCUAUGAAAAUAGAUUUAACGGAAGCCAGAGUACAGGUAUGGUUCCAAAAUCGCCGGGCAAAAUUUCGAAAACAGGAAAGACUGGCCCAACAAAAAUCAUCGUCCCAAGGUGGAAUUGGUGGUGAUAGUGGUGCUUCAAGUCCAGUUGCUGGAAAUGUGAAAGCCGAGGGACGUUCUCCAAGAAGUCCUGCGACACCACCGGUUGGCUCGAACGGUAGUGUCUUACCAUCGAACGAAGUCAAGCCUGUCGCCAAUCCUAAUUUGGUUAAUGCGAAACAUACGCCAGACGGUAACGGAGAAAAUAGCUCACCUAGCGUUCGUGCAAACAGUGGAGGUGGUACGUGGGGUUCAUGCAGUCCAAGACCUUUCUCCACGGCGUUACCUUCUUAUUUGUUGGAUCCCCUACCUUUGAAAACCGGAAAUCUUUAUUAAUUUCUUAUUUAUUUUAGAAGGUUAUGGUAAGCCGACAAAUUCGUGUAAAUAUAUAAGAGUAUCGUUUUAUCGGACUGGUUGACGAGAAUUAUCUGUGUGAUAUGUAAAUUCAAGAGUGGUCAUUAACAAUCUUAAUUCUUUUUUAGAAAUUCAUUUGAAUUCGGUCCUAGGCUUGAAAAAAGAUUUAUGACGUCAUCUCACAAAAUUAUUAUUAUUAUUGAAAUGCGUUGACAAACUGUAUAGAUUCAAGCGAUUUCCAAGAUAUUAACAAAUAAUUGGACAAUUCAAAUAUAUAUGUAUGUAUAUGGAAGUUAUUAUUAAUGACCACACUUGUAGCAACGAGUUCGAUUCGUUACCCUGUUAUUAUAUCAGACUUUUGGGAACAUUGUUGAUAGUUAUUUUGUUUUUCGAAGUUCACCGUUACAUAUUAAACUUGCGGAUGGGUUUGAACCAAAAAUAUAUGAUCGAUCGUUUCAU